UAAACAAGGAGUUCCUCCUCCGGUAAAUGUACGCUGCUUGUGUCUCUCCGGGAAACUCUUCUAAACUAUUAAGUUUGAGUCGCUUUACAUUUAACAGUUCAACAUAAAGUGAGACUUUACAUUUUGUCUGUUUACUUAAUGAAACUAUGGACGCUUUGUCUGAUGACGGCAGCGACGUCCACCAGGACGAGACGCAGGAGGACGUGAUGACCCCGGCGGAGCUGAUCAACAAACUGGAAGAAGCUUGGCUGAAUGAGAAGUUCUCACCCGAGCUGCUGGAGAACAAGUCGGAGGUGGUGGAGUGUGUGAUGGAGCAGCUGAGUCACAUGGAAGCCAACUUGCAGCGGGUGAAGAAAGGUGAUGCGAAGGCCAGCAUCCAUCGCAUGGAGAUAGACAGGAUUCGCUUCGUGCUCAGCAGCUAUCUGCGCGCCCGUCUGCAGAAGAUUGAAAAGUUUUUCCCGCAUGUCCUGGAGAGAGAAAAGUCUCGGGGUGAGGGAGAUCCGUCCCUGCUUUCACCUGAGGAGUUUGCUUUUGCCAAAGAGUACUAUGCCAACACAGAAACCUACUUGAAGGCUGUAGCACUGAAGCGCAUGCCCCCCAACCUGCAGACAGUGGAUAUGCUCAAAGCAGUCCCUGAGCCGUGCUUGGACUCCUUCGUGUUUCUACGAGUGAAGGAGAGACAGGAAAACAUCUUGGUAGAGCCUGAAACAGAUGAUCAGAGAGAGUUUGUUGUAGAUCUCGAAGAGGGCUCUCAACAUUUAAUGCGGUAUCGAACUAUAGCACCGCUCGUUUCAAGUGGGGCCGUGCAGUUAAUUUGAACGGCGAGGUCUGUCUGUUGGUGUGGAUGUUUUCAGCUCCAUGAGGUCAGAAAAUGAGCAAUGGCCUAUUUGUAAAUAGCGUUAAUGAGGAAUGGGCACAUUAACCGGCAGAGAUUACAUCUGGAUUUGCACUCAUCUUUCUGACUGUUGUCAGGAUUAAGGAUUAACUCUUGGGACAUAAACACAGAAAUUUGUUGCACCAUAUCUUCAAGACAUGUAACUCUAACACAAAAUAUAAGGUUGUUUUGUGGGAGCUGCUUGGUGCGGAUGAAACCUGUUCGCUCAAGCAGUGUUUUCAUUCCUGUGGUGUUAUUUUAGGAUCUUUUUACUCAUGUCACAACUAAUCUGCUCACUAUUCUGUUACUUUACCCAGAUGAGUCACAUUAUUGGACUUUUUCCUCUGCUGUUCAGUGACGGGAUGCACCCGAAGGUGAAAUGUCAUCAGUUCGCUUGGCAUCAUAAUGUAUAUCAGCCCAAGGUGGGCAUGUUAGAAAAACAUGGUUUCAUUUUGACAUUCACACUUAAAUGAAUAUGCAAUACUGUCAAUAUAAAUAAUAGAAAUCCUGUUAUUGUUCAUAUAACUUCUUUGCAUCUCUUUAUUUAAAGUUUAUUUUGAGCUCAUGUGUUUUUUUAGCUUUGCCCUAAAGGGAUGUGUGGAACGUUGUCUUCUCUGAGACAUAAUUGUUGUAAUAGCAUUGUUAUGUAAGCGUCUCUAAGGGAGCAAUCAGGGCUUAUUGUCUGCCCUCACACAAAUUGCUCAGUUUUUGGAACUAAUAAGGGACUGAGGGAGGGCGAGCUUUGCAAAACUCAACCACGUGUCAACUGAAUCCUACAACCCAGUGUUAUUAGGAGAUUGGUAAUAGUAUUCUGGGGGUCUUGAUGACCUUAGCAGGAAAACAAAAUGUAAAGUUUUGUUUAGAGUACCUUUAUGCCAUUAUUCAUAUUCAAAUGUUCUUUUAGACCUUGAAAAUGUGGAUUUUGAGAAAAAUAA